CUGGCUGUUCGAAACUUUAUAGACCGACUGUAACUGUGUCUGGAGAGUAGUUACAUUUAGAGCAGGAUUAUAAACAUCACUGUAUUUAUACUAAAAACAUUUUAACUGUUUGGAUGGAAGAGGACGAAGACUGACAGUUUUGCAGUCUAACGAGAUUCGUUUUGGGAUACAGAAAUCGAAAGUAACGUUACUAACUUACUGAGGGUGUCUACGCAGCUCCUUCUAUCUACCGUCGCAGAUGUUUUACAUUUUUUACGUUCUGAGGGUAUUUAAAUGACGAAGGAGAGAAAUAUGCUUUAUGUAGAGGAAGUGAGCAAGUGACUCCAAGGCUUUAGGCCCAUGCCAACACUGGUGUAAAGCAAAAGCUUGACGUACUUCAGUUUUCCAAGUGACAUUUUCAAGAAAUGGCUUCAGCUGACAACAAUAUAUACUUCAUUAUAACUGCAAAUCCACCUUCACCAAAUAGCCACAUAAACGCUGGUCAAAUAUGCUUCAUAGGUAAACAGCGAUUUGAUUUAUGGCAAAAGAGAAAUGACAGAAAUAUGCCUGUAGUUUGUAUGGGCACACCAUUCGAUGUAUACCUUAAUGAAGUUCUUCUGCAGCAACUGAAGCCCAGAUCAGCAGAAUUACUGCUGGCUCUUGAAUCAAAUGAAAUGCGACUCUUGGCACUGAAAGAUCCUGAGGCUUUAAAGGAGGCGUCAAAUCUGUCUGAAGGCAGUCAGGUUUACGUGGAAUAUAAUGGGCAAUGGCUCAAAGGUGUGAUUCGAUAUGUUGGCGGUCUUUCAACUUCAUCUUAUAUGUCUGAUCCUAUAAGAGGAGUCUUCUUUGGGGUGGAACUGCAGGGGGAAGAUAAAGAAAAAGGCCAAAAUGAUGGUUCCUACCUCCACCAAACAUACUUCACAUGUCCUAAAAACUCAGGCAUUUUUGCCCCUUUUACAAGAAUCAAACCAGUGGAUCAUAAACCAUCAGCACCGCUGCUACCAACUCAGUCUUCCCUGUCCAUGACAUCUACUGAACCUCUCAAAGUUGGAGACAGAGUUACCUUUCUUAGUGACAUAAAUGAUCACCAUGGCAUGAUUAUGGAUAUAAAGGACAGCCCAGAUGGUAAAAUGGUUCUCAUAUCUACUGAUAGGGAUAAAGAGGGGAAGCAAGGGGGUGAGAUGUUGGUCCCAUUGGAUUUUGUAAUUAAAGAGGAGCCAUUAAAUAAAGAUGGAACUGAAAAAAUGGACACUUCUCAAGGCUCCGAGAUGGGGGGUGUUACUGAUUUUGACGAAAUUACUGUUGGCUCCCUAGUGCAGAUCCUGGGAAAAGAGCUAGCUUAUGGAAUUGUCCGCUGGGUUGGCAGUUUACCUGAUUGUCUUGAGACGAUUGCUGGACUGGAACUGGAGAACAGCAGUGCCGGUGUGACUGAUGGGACAUAUAAAGGAAAACGUUACUUUAACUGUCCUCCUCGUUGUGGUUUAUUUGUGAAAUUAUCAUCUUGUCGGCCUGAUGAUCGUUUUUCUGGUGCAAAGGAGCAGCACUUUAAUGGACAUUCUGAUCAUAAUGGGGCAAUUGUAUAUGAGGAACAGGAGAAUGUACCACCUAUUAGAACAGAAGAUGUGUCCAAGCGAUUGAUUGGUAAGAAGAAAGGCAUUCAGGGUCACUGCAACUCCUGUUAUAUGGACUCUGCCCUGUUCAGUGUGUUUUCCUGUUCAUCAGUACUGGAUUCUAUGCUUUUUAAGUCUACCGAACAUGAAACCAUUCAAAACAUUCUGCUAAAGAACAUUGUCAACCCUCUCCGCAAACAAGGCUUUGUAUCAGAGCGCAGUGUGAUGAAUCUUCGGAAACAAUUACAGAAUCGGGAACACUGCCCCACUUACACCACAGAUGAGAAGGAUCCCGAGGAGUUCCUCUCUCUCAUCAUGCAAGAGAUUCUCUCUCUAGAUCCGCCACUCAAACUCUGCCAUUCGGGAAGUAGACAAAAAGUGCAAAGCUGUUACUACUACCAAAUCUUUAUGGAUCAUAACCACCAUUUAGUCCUGCCAACAGUUCAACAGCUACUGGAACAUUCGUUUUACAGCAACAGUCUCAAACUAGCAGAGGUGCCUGCCUGUCUGAUUCUUACUAUGCCUCGCUCAGGGAAGAGUUUCAAAAUGUUUCCAAAAAUAAUUCCCUCUACAGAACUGGACAUCACUGGUCUUCUCGCGGAUGGUCCUCAGCAGUGUGUGUUGUGUGGUCAGCUAGCAAAUGAGGAGUGUGCUGAGUGCUUCAGAGACACAGUGUUCAGUGAUACAGGAUUCAAGUAUUUCUGUGAGAAAUGUUCCACUCAGGUGCACUCUCACCAGCAGCGUCGAUGCCACAAGCCCAGGCGCCUGCUUCUUCCUCAGGGCUUCUCUUACUCACAGAGUUCAGGGUCUGAUCGCCGCACGCCUCCACGGGAGAAACUCGAGCUGUUUGCUGUGCUGUGUAUAGAGACCAGCCACUAUGUCUCUUUCGUCAAAUACGGACCUCAGGAUACUGACUGGAUCUUCUUUGACAGUAUGGCUGACCGUGUUGGUGAAAUCGAUGGCUAUAAUAUGCCAGAAGUGCGGGCAUGUCCUGAAGUUGGCCAGUACCUACAUAUGCCUCUGUCUCAGCUGGCUAAUCAAGUGCCCCGAGAGAUGAAAGGUGUGGCGAAGAGACUCUUCUGCGAUGGUUACAUGUACCUUUAUCAGAGCAGGACCAUGUCUCUAUAUCGAUGAGUAAAUCAACACGUACUGUACAUGUCAAUAACUGAGAAUGUGCCAUCUGAUUGUCUGUGACUAUGCCUGUUUAGUCAUGGAUUCUAAUAAUGUUAUUUUCAAAGGAAAUCAUGAAACGAUAUGCUUCUGCUCCAUAUUUGAGCAUUUAAAAGUCUAAAAUGUACACUUUCUGUUGGAAUUAUUUUGGCAUUCCCGUAUUGCAUUGCCUGGGUGGGUGGUGCAUACUCUUUUAAACAUGCUGGAUGAAGACGGUGCAGCUGAUAUCCUUGAUUUAGUGACUUAGACUUGAAAAAAACUACUCAAAUGCCAAAGUACCUUUUAUGUUUAUAAGAAAUAAUAAUAAUAGCAUUUUCUAAUUGUACUAAAAUGGAAAGAGUUUUUAUAUUUUUUAUUCCAAUGCGUAUUGCUGGGCUGUGAGCAGACCUACUGUAGCUUGCUGCCUAAUUCAUGUUCACAGAAAAGGGGGUCAAGACAUGUUUGUUUACAUUUAAAACUGGCAAGAUAAAAAUGUUGUUCCUAUAACUAUGAAGAUCUAUGAAGUUGAUGACUUGCAUAACUUAAUUGUAGUGGUUCUUGUGGUCCAUUUAUUAAUUCUGUAUUUUCUGUGGCUACUGAAUAAUAUUGUGAGCAGUACUGAAUGUGAUCACUGCGUCAUCAAUUAUCAGUUAAAGUAUUUUGAUUACGUUUUCUCUUGAAUUUGUUUGUUUUAGUGUAUCUGGUUUAAUUCCAAUGAAAAAGAUCAACCAAAAAAAUAAAUAUAUCUUGACAGGAAUUACAUCCUGUACGUCCUC